AGCGGGCGAAGCGCGUGGCCGAUCGUCUUCCAUUGACGUCGGUGGUUUGGCCUUUGCCUUAACACGGGUCCCCUAAUUAGGAAGAUUUCUUUCCUGUUGGCCCAAACAUGGGGUUUCAGUUUUCACUGGAUCGCUUUACCCUUCUAUUCUUAUCUGAAUUUCAGUCUUUUGGCUGAAAAUCUAAUGCGUGUCGUGCACGAGGCUGCAACCCAACUCCCCAUCCGCUGUGUCGGGUGUUUCAACCCGCUGUUCGUUCGACUUUCUCCUUUACAAUAAGUCUUUAUUGCCACGAUUCCCGUGGACAGCAAAGAUGUCGUUCGGGGAUCAAUUUCUGAAUCUCAACAUGCAGGAUAGAACCCAAACGGUCAACCUGCCGCUGAUUACGACGCCACCAGAAGAUAUUGAUAUGGUCUUAAGCGGAUUCAAAGGCGAGACGAAGCCGUCGCAACGGACUAAUGACAGCUCAGGCUCAGGUGCCGAAGCCGCCACCGUGCCGCAGGACGCCUCUUUGUGUCGAAUCUAUCGCUACACCCCAAUACCUACCAUUGUUGCUGACGCAAACCUAUACAUAGUGGAAGUUUCCGACAGUCACUGCGCCCUCACGGGUGAAUCUAGGGACGCACUGCUGAACACCUGCAUCUGUGACACCACCCCUCCCAUGGUCCCUGUAUCAGAUAUCGCAUCUUUAUACGGCGCGAUACGUGCCGCCAUUUCAACAAAAGAGAUUCAGUGCAUUGAGGAUAUUUAUCUAAAAAAUAAAAAGUCGCACUUCCGACUUCAGGUAACGCCGAUAUUUCAAGGUCGGACCUUAAUAUACAUAGUUUUCGAGGCGCAUAAAGACGAGAGGGAUCGUUCGGGAGCUAACGACCAUCAUCAUGCAUACGUGAACGAGACCUAUAAGAUACUGGUUGACACUGUUAAAGACUAUGCAAUCUUCAUGUUGGACACCCGCGGCAAUAUUACAACUUGGAAUCCGGGUGCUGCGAUCAUGAAGGGAUACUCGGCGUCAGAGAUUAUCGGCAAGCACUUCUCAGUAUUCUACAGCCCCGAAGACCGCCGUAACAAUAAACCAUGGAAGGGCUUGACAGUGUGUUUGCGGGAUGGAAGAAUGGAGGACGAGGGUUGGCGUUACCGUCAGGACGGGUCCCGCUUUUGGGCCAAUGUUAUGAUUACGCCUGUGUACGAGUUCGGCCGUCAUGUUGGUUUCGUGAAGGUCACGCGUGACCUGACGGAACGGAAGGCGGCUGAGGCACGCUUGAUUGCAGCUUUUGAAGAAUCGUCAAGGCUAAAAACCGACUUUCUGGCUAACAUGAGUCAUGAGAUUCGUACACCAAUGAACGGCAUGCUACUUGCGCUGUCUAUGCUCACGGACACUGAGCUCAACAACAAACAGCGUGAAUUCGCGUCCAUUAUUGAGGAUUCUACGUCGUUAUUGCUCCAAAUCAUCAACGACAUUCUUGAUUAUUCGAAGCUAUCCUCGGGGUCAUUUUCCCUAACAUCGGAUAUUGUUAAUGUGAACAGCAUCAUGAGUGCAGUUGUACGAAACUGCAAAUCUUGUCUGAAACCGGGAGUUGAGCUGAGCUGUUCCAUCCCGUCGAAUUUUCCCAAAGGCCUGCGAGGGGAUCCUCUACGGUAUCGCCAGGUACUCCAGAAUCUUGUGGGGAAUGCGGUCAAGUUUACGGAGAAAGGAUAUGUUAAGAUAUCUUUAUCAUUCGCUGUAGACGCCGAGGAUCCAACAAUGUAUAAUAUUUCAACUGAGGUAGCCGAUUCAGGUGUCGGCGUGCCAGGAAGUGCUCUGAACACCCUCUUCACGCCAUUUACACGGUUUGCGGAUUCUACAAGACGGAGAUACCAAGGCACCGGGCUCGGUCUGUCCAUCUGCAAGAGCCUGGCAGAACUCAUGAAUGGGAGUGUGGGUUAUCGACCAAACUCGAAUGGGGUCGGCAGCGUAUUUUGGUUCACUGCUAAGAUGGGCCGGGUGGACACGCUACCCAUUAGCAAGCCCUCCGGUGUGCUGCCGACUGAGAGCUCGGAGAACCUUAUUAAAAAGCUGCGAGAGAUCGCGCCCCGGAAACACAUAUUGCUAGUGGAGGAUAACUUGGUGAAUCACAUGGUGAUGCUCAAACUGCUUCAAAGCCUCGGCUUCGACCGGAUUGACGCUGCCUGGGAUGGGGCGGAGGCUGUUCGGCUAGUGAAACAAACGCCAUUGUCCUAUAAUGUCGUUCUUAUGGACAUCAGCAUGCCAGUAUUGGACGGUCUUGAGGCGACGUCUCAGAUUCGAAACAUGAAGAUCGAUGUACCAAUCAUUGCACUAACUGGAAAUGCGCUGAAAGGUGAUGCGGAAACGUAUCUCGCCAAAGGUAUGAAUGACUAUCUGGGGAAGCCUGUACACCGCAAUCACCUUCUGCAGGUGCUUUGGAAGUGGUUGGGUACAUGAAGUUCCGGCCUCGCGCUGGGAUAUUAGACUACCUUGUGACUAUGCCUGCUCACUAAUCAUCUUUUUGUUUUCUAACUCGGGCUAUCGCUAGCAUUCUGUCUGCCUUUCAUCCCUUAUCAUCAAAAUAUACUUGCAGAACGCU